CCCGUCUUACAUUUAAUGAAGAUUCUCCCCCAUACCGACGGAUCCUUCUUCUUCUCUGACUCAUCUUGUACGAGUAGGCAUAGCUAAAAAGAAUUACCCCCUCAAAAUUGACUCAUCCGCACAUCAAAACCUCACUCAUCUCCUCCAACUUCCUUCCUUCUUUCCAACAAAAAAAAGAAACAAAACAAGAGCAAUAACAAUGGCCUCCUCCCCCAAAUUCAACGUCGCGGUCCUCCUCUACCCAGGCGCCGACAUCCUCGACUACUCGGGCCCGCUGGAAAUCCUCACCACGACCCCACCCCCAGGCCACCCGCGCUCCUUCACCACCACUACCUUCGCGCCCGAGUCCCCCGUGCGCGUCGCCGAGAAAGCCCUCACCAUCAUCCCGGACCUCCUCCUCGACGACCUCGCCGCACACCUGGACAACUACGACAUCCUGAUCGUGCCGGGGGCGUCCGGCGAGACGCUCGAGACGUUCCUGGGGAGUGAGCAGGGGCGGAAGGCGGUGGAGGUCGUGCGGAGGUUUAGUCGGCUUGCGCCGAGGGGGGAGACGGGGAAGAGGGUGUUGGAGUCGGUGUGUUCGGGGGCGUUGAUCCUUGCUGCGGGUGGGGUGUUGGCUGGGAGGCGGGCGACGACGCAUCAUGCGUUUUUCGAGGAGCUGGAGAAGGUGGCGGAUGGGGCGGAGGGGCAAGGCGGGAAGAGUGGGAUUGAGGUGUUGAGGGGGAGGAGGUGGGUUGAUGCUGGGGUUACGGAGGAGGGGGUUAGGAUCGUGACGGCGGGGGGUGUGAGUAGUGGGAUUGAUGCUACGCUUUGGGUUGUUGAGGAGUUGGUUGGGAAGGAGGCUGCGGAGUGGACGGCGGAGAUUGUGGAGUUUGAGAGGAGGGGGGAGGGAGAAGGCUGGGGAGCUUAGAGGGGACGAUGGUUUUGUCACUGGGUUGGUGUCGUGAGGUGAUGUUCAAUUGAGUACAGUAUGGAUCAU